CGUACCCAUCCUGUUUUUAGUCAGUUUAAGCUUGCACUUAAAAAACAAGGCUUUGACAUUUGCUACCUACAUAAGCACACUUUACACACUUUUAAUGUCAUCUUGACAAAAACUCUGCUCGCCGAUUCAAAUCGCUGGAAGUUGACCAUGGCGGCUGCCACGAGCAGCAAUACAUCCACAACCACGCUACAGAUCAAACAUUCCAGUAUCGAGCAUACGCGGAAACGCAUAGACCCUCGGAGGAGACAAGCCGCACUCUCUUUUCUCAGUAACAUUUCUUUGGAUGGUCGACCGGUGCAAGAUGAUGCCGACAAUCAUUUCGAAGAGGAUAGUUCAAUUGAGGAGAGGACUAGACAGAGCCUGGUUUCUGCAGCAGAGCGUCCCCUGUACGCGGCUGGCGGUGGCGCUGGAGGAGCGACCCCCACGGCCGCCCAGGCGCUCGCUAUUGCAAACCAGGCUCUGAUUGCUAACGCCCGAGACAGUUUUGGGAUUGAUCCCGCCGCUACAGCUCAAGCGUGUACAGAUCCGGAAGGGGAUGUUUUCGGCCCUUCGAUUUUCAGUUCGCCUUUCUCUGCAGUACCAGCCGCGAUUAGAGGCAGGCUUCAGACCUACACUCAGGGAGUUGUGCCUGCUGCCUUCUCUAGGCAGACUUCCCAGGGCUUCUGUUUGGAGGGAGGACAGAUAGCCAACUCUGUCCUGGAGCUGCAGAGAUCAAGGUAGGGUAAUUGUAGAUAUCUCCAUCAUGUAGUGUUUACAUUCAUGACAUGUGUGAAUGAGAUUACUGGUUGCCCAUAUUGGGAUUGGGAAUAGUGACACAAGCCCACAGUCAAUGUUUGCACUGCACUCUCACAAAUUAUGCAUGUCAUAGGCUACCAUAUUGCAACCCAAUAGUGUCAACAUUACACUACAGGCUACAGUAUUGCAACACUCAUAUUGCAAUAGUCACUGAAAGUAAGGUAAGAGUUAUCUUCAUGAAGGUCUUUGUUGAGUGAAGCCACCAAACAGGAUCCACACAGACCUAGACUAGACUAAUGUUUAUCAUCAAUUAUCAUCUCAGCAAUAGCACAGGUUUCUCCAGUCACAUUUUGUACUAGGGCUGCUCAAAGGGCAUCAUCAGUCUUAGUCAGUCAGUAUACUGCUAAAGACAAGUUUAUACAAAGAGACAGAUGACAGCAAAGAGAAAGUGCCCUGGCUUUCUCUCAGAUUUGUGAAACUGUAUCUAUCUCAUCAAUAAGCAACUUACACACUUGUUUGUCGAUAUUCAUUAAUAUGCUGCUUACAACUGUACACCAAGACACAUGCAGUGGCCCAUUUGAUUCAGGUGGAAUCAGCAGGAUUAGGUUGAAAAGGUCAACCAUUGUGGAAUAAUUUCGAUUAGCCUGCCUAUUAACCAGUAUGAAGCAUGUGCCCUCAAAUAACAGAAUUUGUAAAACAUGUUAUAUUAGUGGUAGCACUGAAACCAUUUGAGAGAUCAUACAAGUAAAGGCAUGUCCAGCAGGAAGGUGGACUUGUUUCCCCCCCUGUGCAGAUGCGGUCCCCCAUGCAGAUUUUUCCCCAUAACCGGUUGGAUGACUUUACAAAGCUGUCCAGCACCUGCCACCUUGCCCUCUCACUCUCUCUCUCUCCACAGCAGGAGAGCUGUCAGGAAUCCUGGACUCACUCUGUGUGCAGUAAUUGUGUUUAACAUGAUUUUCGAAUGACCACCUCAUCUCUGUACCCCACACAUACAAUUAUCUGUAAAGUCCCUCAGUCGAGCAAGAAUUUCAAACACAGAUUCAACCACAAAGACUAGGGAGGUUUUCCAAUGCCUUGCAAAGAAGGGCACCUAUUGGUAGAUGGGUAAAAAUUAGAAAUCUAUGGCAAGACUUGAAAAUGGUUGUCUAGCAAUGAUCAACAACCAAUUUGACAGAGCUGACAGAUCUUGAAGAAUUUUGAAAAUAAUAAUGGGCAAAUGUUGCACAAUCCAGGUGUGGAAUGCUCUUAGAGACUUACCCAGAAAGACUCACAGCUGUAAUCACUGCCAAUGGGGAUUCUAACAUGUAUUGACUCAGGGGGUUGAUUACUUAUCUAAUCAAGAUAUAUGUGUAUAUUUUUUUUUAUUGUAUUUUUUCCACUUUGACAUUACAUAUUAUUUUGUGUAGAUUGUUGACAAAAAAUUACAACUUAUCCCACUUUGUAACAAAAGUGAAGGGGUGUGAAUACUGUCUGGAGGCACUGUACAUUACAAUGAUUUAGUAGCUAAACCCCCCCAGGUUAUGGAAUGCGGUCGUUCAAAGGAGGAAGCCCAUGUAAACUGAAUUAUAAGCUGUUGAGAAAUAACUAAGGCGACCUGUUGAGGGACCCCGGCCAUAUUCCACAGACACAUCAUAGAUGGGCGUCUCACACAGUGCCUGGUCUGUUUUCCCAGGGCAGCAGCUUGGUGGGAAAGUGGCCAGAUCCAGAGAGGGAGCCUUGGCUGGGAAGAGAAAGGCAGGACGCCCAGGCUUUCAGAGACGCUGCCUGGACAGACUCUCCUUUCUCUCUGUUUCUCUCCAUCUUCUGUCCUUCACUCCACUUCCUCUCCCAAGGGCACCAUACUAGAUACUCUUUUUUUUUUCUCCCCUCUCUCUCCUUUUCUCUCUCUCUCUUUCUCCUCCCCCCUCGCUCUCCAUCGUCCUCCCUUCCCCCUCUCUCUCAUGGCCUCCAGUCCUGCUCCCAGCCAGGAAGCCCCAACACUCAGAUCAGCUGCCAAAAGAUACUCAGAGAUCAGCGCUUGGAGCUGCUUUAAAGCCAUCCUCUUAUUCGGUGUGCAUUGAUUCUAAUGCAUGCAGAUGAUGGUUGGGUCUACAUAGGCUGCAGUAUUCUACUGCUCAACCUAGGCUCAUAAAUUAUGCUAGAAUGUAAAAAGCCAUCUAAGGCGCCCACUCUGUCUUGCUGCUACUGUAAAGGUGUCAGCCCAAGGUGUGGAUCUGUUUCAACCGCUCUAAAAUGAAAACUAAAUUUAGCAUAGUGAACAUUGUUACCACAAAAUCAAAUUCCAAUAAAAUGUUAUGGAUUGACAGUUUUUAAUCAGUAAAUUAUAUUCUGCAUUCCAAAGUCUCCCCAUGUUUUAAUUUUUUUUUCAGAAGUCCUCAUUGUGAUCAAAAGCCUACUACAGGGAGACUAGGAAGCCAAGGGAAGCAAUAGCAGAGAAACCACAUGCAGUAUAAACCAUUACAAUGGUCAUUUGCAGUUUUGUGCAAUUGAGUCAUAUCCUUUUGGUUAAGAGGUUGAUUGUUGUUUGGUGAGGUAAUGGUUGGCAUAAUCACAUGAUUAUGUAAGCUGCAUACUUAGGCUAGUUUGCCUCUGAAACCCUUGUGGCUUGAACUGUAAGCGAAAUCUCCAAAGCAGCUGCAGGAUAGGCCUUUAUGGUUAAAACGGCCACCAUAAUCAAACCAUUACUGGUAAUGAGUCUCGAGAUGAGAAAGAUAGACAUGAUGGUAUACUCUUUAGUUCCAAAAUGGAAUACAAGUUCACUAGUUCAAGUUCCACACUGUUCACCCUAAACAACAUGCUAUUUAAAGGGAAGGGGGAAGUAUGGAUUCAGUGUGGUUUUACUGUAUGUCAAGCAACCGGCGCAACUAACCACAAGGUUCUGUGUGUCUUGAACAAUAUAGGUCUAUGUGUUGUUGUCCUUUAUCCAUGUCUGCAGCAGUGUUUGCCCUGUAUUAUUAUUAUUAUUAUUAUAUAUUUUUUUACAGCAGUGGCAAGAAUUUAGCAGCGUUGGGCCAUAUUUCUGCCCCCCCCCCCCCCCCCCCCCCCCCCGCUACCCUUGCCAAACUGCUACAGUAGCAGGAAGGAAUUCACUGUUGUUGCAGCAUUGUUGGAGAAGAAAGACUGAAGGGGCUGAGAAUAGCCUUUGUUGAUUUGGAUUUUUACCCAAAUGAUUCAAUUUUCUUUGGCUUGGCCUGUAAUUGUAAGUAGAAGGCUAGAACAUUAUAUUUACUUCCACUCUGUCACCCGACAGUGGAAUGGGAAGACAAUGUCCAUGGCAAGCUGCCAAUGGGCGUGCAUGUGAAACAAUUUAAUCUUCUAUGUUGAGCACUACAGCUCCUUAGCCUAAAAAGCGACAAGCAUAGCAGUCAGGUUACAUACAAAUUGUUUUUGAAUGUCCUCAUAGGACGUCUAUAGGAAUGUUGUAAAGAUUGAUUCAAUGGACCAUGCUUGAAAUUCAUUGUGAAUGUGAACAGUGCUUGAAAACAACCAUUUGAGGCAACAAAAACACAGACAGAGGGUGUCUUUCAUGGGCAGCUCUACUAACAGAGGCCCAUUGUUAUUCUUUCAACGUUGAAGGAGGCGAUAAUCGGAAGUAGCCUGGGCUCUGCUUUAAAGCUUCUGAGUUUGACCAGUCCUUGUUAACGUCAGAAUGCUACUGUUCGAUUGGAGUUGAUUUAUCAUAGCACGGCCUGUUCACCCCAUUAACAUCUAGAAGGAGGAGACAGUACAGGUGCAUCAAAGCUGUGACUGAGAGACUGAUAAACAGCUUCUAUCUCCAGGCCAUCAGACUGUUAAACAGUCACCUGUACUGCCUCCGCCUAAUACCCUACCCUGAACCGUAGUCACUGUUAAUAGCUGGCUACCACCCGGUACUCUACCCUGCACCUUAGAGACUGCUUUGCCCUAUGUACAGAGUCAUUGAAAGCUGGUCACUGCUGUACACACCUUUUCUAUUAAUAUACUGUCCAUACUGUCUAUACACACCAUUAAAAAAAUAUAUAUAUUUAUAUAUACAAAAGUAUGUGGACACCGCUUCAAAUUAGUGGAUUCGGCUAUUUCAGCCACACCCGUUGCUGACAGGUGUAUAACAUUGAGCACACAGCCAUGCAAUCUCCAUUGGCAGUAGAAUGGCCUUACUGAAGAGCUCAAGUGACUUUCAAUGUGGCACCGUCAUAGGGUGCCACUUUUCCAACAAGUCAGUUGGUCAAAUUUCUGCCCUGUUACAGCUGCUCCGGGCAACUGUAAGUGCUGUUAUUGUGAAGUGGAAACAUCUAGGAGCAACAACGGCUAAGCCACGAAGUGGUAUGCCACACAAGCUCACAGAACGGGACCGCUGAAGAGCAUAGUGCGUAAAAAAUAAUCUGUCCUCGGUUGCAACACUCACUGGAAACUGCCUCUGGAAGCAACGUCAGCACAAUAACUGCUCGUCGGGAGCUUCAUGAAAUGGGUUUCCAUGGCCGUACAGCUGCACACAAGCCUAAGAUCACCAUGCGCAAUGCCAAGCGUCGGCUGGAGUGGUGUAAAUCUCGCCGCCAUUGGACUCUGGAGCAGUGGAAACGCGCUCUCUGGAGUGCUGAAUCACGCUUCACCAUCUGGCAGUCCGACAGACGAAUCUGGGUUUGAUGGAUGUCAAGAGAAUGCUACCUGCCCCAAUGCACAGUGCCAACUGUAAAGUUUGGUGGAGGAGGAAUAAUGGUCUGGGACUGUUUUUCAUGGUUCGGGCUAGGCCCCUUAGUUCCAGUGAAGGGAGUUCUUAAUGCUACAAUGACAUUCUAGACGAUGCUGUGCUUCCAACUUUGUGGCAACAGUUUGGGGAAGGCCCUUUCCUGUUUCAGCAUAACAAUGGCCCUGUGCACAAAGCGAGGUCCACACAGAAAUGGUUUGUCGAGAGCCCUGACCUCAACCCCAUCGACCACCUUUGGAAUGAAUUGGAAUGCCGACUGCGAGCCAGGCCUAAUCGCCCAACAUCCGUGCCCGACCUCACUAAUGCUCUUGUGGCUGAAUGGAAGCAAGUCCUCACAGCAAUGUUCCAACAUCUAGUGGAAAGCCUUUCCAGAAGAGUGGAGGCUGUUAUAGCAGCAAAGGGGGGACCAACUCCAUAUUAAUGCCCAUGAUUUUGAAAGAGAUGUUUGACGAGCAGGUGUCUGCAUACUUUUGGUCAUGUAUAUUCCGGACUCAUUAUGAUAUUUCUUCAUUUCUUUCUUACUUUUUGGAUUAUGCGCGUAUUUCUAGGUAUCAUUACUGCACUGUGGGAGCUAGAAACACAAGCAUUUCGCUGCACCUACGAUAACAUCUGAAAAUCUGUGGAUGCGUCGUGACCAAUAAACUUUGAUUUGAUUUGACACGCAGUUAAACAUCAAUAGCUGAUUGUGUCACAGUCUUGUUUGAAGUGGAUGAGUAGUCUGGUCCGUGGUCCGUGUGUUAUUGUUUCCACAGUUUGCGCGGGUGUGGAAAACAUCCUUUGCACGUCCUGGCUGGCCUGCCGUUGUUCAUCUACAGUGUCUGGAUCUGAGCAUCCUGCUGAACUGUGGAAACUAGUUUUCAUGCCAGCUGGAUUUUCAAAGGGCUUAGUUCAUCAGUACUGUACAAACUGCGAAAGAAAAACCUAGUAGUCAAAAUAAUACUUUUAUUCUGUUCAAAAAUGAAAUUAUUAACCUAAUAAUGUGUCAUGUCAAUAGAUAGAUUAGAGUACCUGGAACGAGAUCAUGUUAUGUUUGUAACACAGUGAGGGCUGUAUUUGUUCAGCUGACUGCUACAGGCUAGCUGUUCUGGUUAACUUGUUCUCCAGGGUGAAGGUGGAGAGACAUAGCUAAGACAUGGGUUUUAUUUCAGUUGCUCUGCUCUGUGCAGCUGACGAAUGUCUCACCUCACCAUCAGGGAUGUUAACCUUAGCAUGUUAGCCCAGCUAUAGCAGGCUAGGAAUGUAAGCAUGAUGGUAGCCAUCCUAUCCAUCACUCAGGGUUCUCACUGGAGGAUGUUGCCGGGCCUGACGACCAUAAAUUACUUGACGAUCCAUGAUCAAUCAAUCCAAUGUAUUUUAUAAAGCCCUUUUUACAUCAGCAGUUGUCACAAAGUGCUAUACAGAUACUCUUCUGGCUGUGCCAGGUGGCGAUUAUAAGAGUAUAUGGCCAUUAAGGCCAGAUCGUUCAUCAAGACGUUCAUAGAUGACCAGCUGGGUCACAUAAUAACCACAGUGGUUAGAGAGGGUGCAGCAGUUCAACACCUCGGGAGUAAAUGUCAAUGAUCCAUCUCUUUGACCUUCACAGAGAUGUUGGUGAUGUGAUGAGUUCAUGUAGGCUACAUGCUUUCCUUCAUUACUUACUUUCCUGCCAUGUUUCUCUCAAAAGAGAGGUUCUCAACUUCAAGAGAUUAUCCUUUUUAACCAACUUCAAGAGAUUAUCCUUGUUAAAUAUAAACAUGUAAAUUAACAAAUUCCUCCAUCUCAGUGCAGAGUGGAUGUAUGCCGUCUAGUUGACCAUGUUUACAAUUUCUGGCACAUCUCAGUGCUUGAUGUUUUAUAACUUAUUUCCUUUACGAUUGCUGUUUCUAACCACAUUCCCUUGUAAACAUUAUGUAGUCUCACCUACAGUGGGGGAAAAAAGUAUUUAGUCAGCCACCAAUUGUGCAAGUUCUCCCACUUAAAAAGAUGAGAGGCCUGUAAUUUUCAUCAUAGGUACACGUCAACUAUGACAGACAAGUUAAGAAAAAAUGAUCCAGAAAAUCACAUUGUAGGAUUUUUAAUGAAUGUAUUUGCAAAUUAUGGUGGAAAAUAAGUAUUUGGUCACCUACAAACAAGCAAGAUUUCUGGCUCUCACAGACCUGUAACUUCUUCUUUAAGAGGCUCCUCUGUCCUCCACUCGUUACCUGUAUUAAUGGCACCUGUUUGAACUUGUUAUCAGUAUAAAAGACACCUGUCCACAACCUCAAACAGUUACACUCCAAACUCCACUAUGGCCAAGACCAAAGAGCUGUCAAAGGACACCAGAAACACAAUUGUAGACCUGCACCAGGCUGGGAAGACUGAAUCUGCAAUAGGUAAGCAGCUUGGUUUGAAGAAAUCAACUGUGGGAGCAAUUAUUAGGAAAUGGAAGACAUACAAGACCACUGAUAAUCUCCCUCGAUCUGGGGCUCCACGCAAGAUCUCACCCCGUGGGGUCAAAAUGAUCACAAGAACGGUGAGCAAAAAUCCCAGAACCACACGGGGGGACCUAGUGAAUGACCUGCAGAGAGCUGGGACCAAAGUAACAAAGCCUACCAUCAGUAACACACUACGCCGCCAGGGACUCAAAUCCUGCAGUGCCAGACGUGUCCCCCUGCUUAAGCCAGUACAUGUCCAGGCCCAUCUGAAGUUUGCUAGAGUGCAUUUGGAUGAUCCAGAAGAGGAUUGGGAGAAUGUCAUAUGGUCAGAUGAAACCAAAAUAGAACUUUUUGGUAAAAACUCAACUCGUCGUGUUUGGAGGACAAAGAAUGCUGAGUUGCAUCCAAAGAACACCAUACCUACUGUGAAGCAUGGGGGUGGAAACAUCAUGCUUCGGGGCUGUUUUUCUGCAAAGGGAGCAGGACGACUGAUCCGUGUAAAGGAAAGAAUGAAUGGGGCCAUGUAUCGUCAGAUUUUGAGUGAAAACCUCCUUCCAUCAGCAAGGGAAUUGAAGAUGAAACGUGGCUGGGUCUUUCAGCAUGACAAUGAUCCCAAACACACCGCCCGGGCAACGAAGGAGUGGCUUCGUAAGAAGCAUUUCAAGGUCCUGGAGUGGCCUAGCCAGUCUCCAGAUCUCAACCCCAUAGAAAAUCUUUGGAGGGAGUUGAAAGUCUGUGUUGCCCAGCGACAGCCCCAAAACAUCACUGCUCUAGAGGAGAUCUGCAUGGAGGAAUGGGCCAAAAUACCAGCAACAGUGUGUGAAAACCUUGUGAAGACUUACAGAAAACGUUUGACCUGUGUCAUUGCCAACAAAGGGUAUAUAACAAAGUAUUGAGAAACUUUUUUUAUUGACCAAAUACUUAUUUUCCACCAUAAUUAGCAAAUAAAUUCAUUACAAUGUGAUUUUCAGGAGAAAAAAAAUCUCAUUUUGUCUGUCAUAGUUGACGUGUACCUAUGAUGAAAAUUACAGGCCUCUCUCAUAUUUUUAAGUGGGAGAACUUGCACAAUUGGUGGCUGACUAAAUAAAAUUGUUCCCCACUGUAUGUGGUAUAAAGACUAUGUUUAAUCAUCCUCUGUUGGUUUAGGCUUGCUUACUGCUAGGAGUUUGUCAAGGACACAGUCAUUUUUAGUUAAUUUGUUCUGUAGUUGAUUAACCAGCCUGAGGGCAUACUCUGUGAUCAUCAGCUCAUUCUUUCUGUCUCACUGAAUUAGUCAUUGAAGAGGGGACAAGUCAAGUUGAGUGUCAUUGAGUCACAUUUAAAUAAGUGAAAGCUUGGUGACAACUGACAAGCAGGCUGGCAGGAGUUGUGCAAUAUGUUUUUUCUAUAGCAAUGGGCUAAUAGAUUUUGCCUUGGCUGUUGAGUCAUGCAACCCAAGUGUGAAAGAAAGGCCUGUCUGUGAGGAAACAGUGUUACGACAAAAUGAACCAUCCAAUGUCUUAAUCCUCUUAUGGCGUAUUUCCAUACAGGAUUUACCUCAGUGUUUUACCCAAAAGGCUCAGACUACUCUGUUUCCAUCUAUGUGGGCCGGCACCCGUGUCUCACUGGGCCAUGGCCACUGGUACUUUUCAGCCACCAUUUACAUAACAAUUGCUAACUGUGAACUUUAACACCUUCUCACAAAGCAACUGUUUUGAUUAUGCAGAGGUUGUUGAUUCUGCUAGCUAUGGCUAACUGUGAACUUUAACACCUUCACACAAAGCAAAUGUUUUGAUUAUGCAGACGUUGUUGAUUCUGCUAGCUAUGGAAACACAAUUUCCUUAGUAUAACGUAUGUAUACACUGAUGUUAGUCGAAAAGCAGCAUUAGUUACCAACUAAACCAGUGCCUUACUCUAGAUUAGAAUGUUCUAACCAUUCUACAUGAUCUCACACAUAGAGGCUGCUGGUCAGAAUUUAGAACACAACAGUGAUCAUUGACCACAGCAGCCAGCCAGUCACACAGUGCUGAUGUCAGUGAUUACUUGAUUCAAUGAUUACAGCUCUGCUUUGUAAGUAAGCCACUGUGUCUGACAAGAUAGCACAGCACAAAGCCAUAGAAGCUUUAGCUAUGCUUCACAUCAGACUUGGAGGUACUCUACAUGGGCCAGAUGUAAGAGGUCGAGUUAGUUUAGGCUACUCAUUCAUUCUCCAGACCGUUAAAGAAGUAUGAAAAUUAUUGUUAUGGAUGAUCGUUGUUGCUUUUAGAUCUUCAAUGAUUUGUGUUCAAAACAGUACAACGUAGACAUUUUUUGGAAGGUUUCCCAAUACUGAUACAAUGGAGGUCAACCAGUGGAUUUGGGUAGAACUACCUUGCUUGCUGUUAGAUAAGGAAUGAUGUGGUUUAUACCAUUAAGUAGGAAGAAAUGUGUUCAGGAUUUAUCAUGAACAAGGAACCUCACUCUAUUGACAUUUAGGCCUCUUUGCAAAAUCCCAUGAUUAAGAGUGCUAUGACCAUUUAAUUACAUCACCACAUUUCUUUCUCUGUUAUGGUAAGCCAAGGGUUUGAACCUGCAUAAUCAUUACCAUAAUUUAGCAAUCAUAUUUAGCAAAUAUCUUGCAAUGCAGAAUGAAUUAUUAUAAAUAGGCCUAAUACAUAUUGUGUCCAGUCUUUCCUAUUACAGGGCCAGGUAGAACUGUUUAGCAGCAUCGCAAGUUGCUUGUAAACUCAAAACCAGCAACCAGCUCCUUAUUUCUCUCUCUCCCUCUUUUCCUCACUCCUUUUCUCCACAGACGGAGGCUCAUCUCUCAGCGUUCCUCCUUGGAGACACUGGAAGACAUUGAGGAGAACGCUCCUCUACGCAGGUACUGCAUAGCAACAACUGUCACAGAUCUCACAAGUCGGCACACCACCCAGAAACAUACGUUUGAUUUGCUCAUAUUCUCCUCUCAUUUUAGAGCGGUACUCAAAGUCAAUAACAGCUUUGGCCUGGGAAGUAUUUUGUUAGAUGGUUACAUUGGGGGAACUGUAAUUUAACUUCAGUUUGCUAUAUGGAGCCGUUUUGUGUCCUGUGGGGAGGUGGUGGUGCGAACAUCAGGCUACACUUGCUGCUGUAAUGGCAUGGUCUGGCUCAGUCUCUGUGUUUUACAGUUGUUAAAAAGAUACACUACCAGUCAAAGGUUUGGACACACCUACUCAUUCAAGGGUUUUUCUUUAUUUUAACUUUUUCUUUUUUUUACAUUGUAGAAUAAUAGUGAAGACAUCAAAACUAUGAAAUAACACAUAUGGAAUCAUGUAGUAACCAAAAAAGUGUUAAACAAAUCAAAAUAGAUGUUAUAUUUGAUAUUCUUCAAAUAGCCACCCUUUGCCUUGAUGACAGCUUUGCACACUCUUGUCAUUCUCUCAACCAGCUUCACGAGGUAGUCACCUGGAAUGCAUUUCAAUUAACAGGUGUGCCUUCUUAAAUGUUAAUUUGUGGAAUUUCUUUCCUUAAUGCGUUUGAGCCAAUCACUUGUGUUGUGACAAGGUAGGGGGGUAUACAGAAGAUAGCCCUAUUUGGUAAAAGACCAAGUCCAUAUUAUGGCAAGAACAGCUAAAAUAAGCAAAGAGAAACGACAGUCCGUCAUUACUUUAAGACAUGAAGGUCAGUCAAUACGGAACAUUUCAAGAACUUUGAAAGUUUCUUCAAGUGCAGUCGCAAAAACCAUCAAGUGCUAUGAUGAAACUGGCUCUCAUGAGGAACACCACAGGAAUGGAAGACCCAGAGUUACCUCUGCUGCAGAGGAUAAGUUCAUUAGAGUUACCAGCCUCAGAAAUUGCAGCCCAAAUAAAUGCUUCAGAGUUCAAGUCACAGACACAUCUCAACAUCAACUGUUCAGAGGGGACUGUGUGAAUCAGGCCUUCAUGGCCGAAUUGCUGCAAAGAAUCCACUACUAAAGGAUAUCAAUAAGAAGAAGAGACCUGCUUGGGCCAAGAAAUAUGAGCAAUUAGACCGGUGGAAAUGUGUCCUUUAGUCUGGAGUCCAAAUUUGAGAUUUUUGGUUCAAACUGCUGUGUCUUUGUGAGACGCGGUGUGGGUGAACGGAUGAUCUCCGCAUGUGUAGUUCCCACCGUAAAGCAUGGAGGAGGAGGUGUGGGGGUGCUUUGCUGGUGACACUGCCUGUAAUUUAUUUAGAAUUCAAGGCACACUUAACCAGCAUGACUAACACAGCAUUCUGCAGCGAUACGCCAUCCCAUCUGGUUUGGGCUUAGUGGGACUAUCAUUUGAUUUUCAACAGGACAAUGACCCAACACUACUCCAGGCUGUGUAAGGGCUAUUUUACCAAGAAGGAGAGUGAUGGAGUGCUCCAUCAGAUGAUCUGGCCUCCACAAUCCCCAGACCUCAACCCAAUUGAGAUGGUUUGGGAUGAGUCGGACGGCAGAGUGAAGGAAAAGCAACCAACGAGUGCUCAGCAUAUGCGGGAACUCUUUCAAGACUGUUGGAAAAGCAUUCCAGGUGAAGCUGGUUGAGAGAAUGCCAAGAGUGUGCAAAGCUGUCAUCAAGACAAAGGGUGACUAUUUGAAGAAUCUCAAAUAUAACACUUUGUUUUGGUUACUACAUGAUUCCAUGUGUUAUUUCAUAGUUUUGAUGUCUUCACUAUUAUUCUACAAUGUAGAAAAUAGUAAAAAUAAAGAAAAAUCCUUGAAUGAGUAGGUGUGUCCAAACUUUUCACUGGUAAUGUAUGUUUUGGUCUUUUACUGCUCCAAAUGGAUCCCAAUGAAUCACAUUUGUUUUGAUCUGUCUUGAAUGUAUUUGUUGUGUUUUUAGAUGCAGAACCCUCUCAGGUUCACCCCGACCAAAGAGCUUCAAAAAGGUCCACUUCAUCAAGAACAUGAGGCAACAUGAUAUGCGCAAUGGAAGGUAUGAAUGAAAACAACCCCAUCCCUAAUUCAAUACAAACCUUCAAUGGAAAAUGGCAGGAUGCACAGCAGUUUGAAUACCUCUCAGGUUACUGAAAUCUACUAGAGAUGUAGGUCACUUAUUCUAAGCUAUUCCUUAUUGCUUGGUAGUAUAAAACAAUUUACUAUUGAUUGAUAAAUGAUCCUAUUGAAUUAUAAAUAUGACUGCUCAGCAGUUCAUUGAAAGAUCUGUUAAUUUUCACAGAAAUUAAUUCUCUCAAAUUGAGUUCAGAUUUCAUAUUGUAUAUAUUAUUAAAGCUAUACAUUGACGACCACACCAUUGAAUCACAAAUGAGUCACGAAACACAUUACACUAUCUCACUUUUAUAAACAAUGAUGCAUGCACUUUCACUUAGAAAUUCCAGAGCACUGAAGACAUUUGGUCACACAGAUGUUACAAUGAUUUUUUUGAUGUAGCAAGUGUACAGCAGCUUCUCUCAGUAAUAAAUACUAUAGCCUUUUAUGGAUAUUUCCUGGAAUCUAAAAGGAAUUGGACGGUUAAACUAUUACAGAUUAUUCAACUCGGUUUUUAUUCUGGAUGUUUUGGGCUACAAGCCUCAAGCUUCUUUUACACUUGGGUGUAGCUCAGUUGGUAGAGCAUGGCGUUUGCAACACCAGGGUUGUGGGUUCGUUUCCCACGGGGGGCCAGUAUGAAAAUGUAUGCACUCACUAACUGUAAGUCGCUCUGGAUAAGAGCGUCUGCUAAAUGACUAAAAUGUAAAAUGUGCCAGACCUAUUUAUUUUGAUGAAUUAUUAUAUAUCUGUCUUGACAGGUAUUUGAAUGGGUGCAAAGCCAUUAUUUUGGCCCAGGAAUAAAAAGGAGUGUGAUGUUACUAGAAUAUGAUGAUAUAUUCUGUCUUCUUCAUAGUAGCUUUUAAUAAAGCUUCUUUCUGGUUUCGAGGUGGUUGAAUUUGGACAGCAACUAUCCAGUUGUUGUUUUUAUUUGCUCUUAUCUAGCUUAUCAUUGUGCCAUAUACAGCAGUAAUGAAUUGCUAUAAAUCCCAUUCUGCCAGUGACGUUGAUAUUGAUCAGUGAGUAGGCCUCUUAUUGUAUGUCAUAACUCAAAAAGUAUAAAUCAGUGAUUAAGUUUUAUGAAGCAAUUUCUCAACAAAUUGCAGCAGCAGUUAUGCAAACCACUUAUUUCGGGAGUGGUUCAACUUUACUGUACUAUAGGGGUUUCUACCUCGCGUGCAGCUGCUAUUCUGAUAUUGUAAGAUAAACAAGUUUGGUCUUGUUUAGUCUCCAAUGCAAGACAUGGCUAGUAGCCUCAUUUGAAAAGAUCUGCAUCAGUUUGUCCCCAAACCUCUGACUACAUACAACAUACUCCACAACACACUCACACAACACAUAUAAAAAAACCGUAUUUCAUUUAGUUUUCUAAAUCUUGAUUGUUUUACUGCUCACGUUUUCCUCCAUCUUAACCUUUAAAUCUGAGUGUCUUUUUCACAUAGUUCAUUCUUAAUUAGCAUAUUUCUAUCAUUUUUGUUUUUAUAGGAUAGUCCUAAUCAGUGGCAGAAGAUCCUUGUAUAGUGUAUUUUCUGUCCUGCCCUAUCGAGAUUGUAGCCAAGCAGGGUAUGUAUCCUACAGCAUGCCAACCUCAAUUUUGCCAUCCUUCGUUCCCUGCUUUCCCUCUGUUCUCGCAUCCCUUUUGUUUCUGCCGAUUAUAUAACUGGUACUUUAUAACAUUGGGAAGGGGAAAACAUUAUUACAAUGAACAAUGUCCUACACGGGUUGGUUUUGGUGGAUGCAUUUUUACUACAACAAAAUAAAUGUUUGUAAGAGAGAUGAACAAGUAAUCUACUGAAUUAAUUAACUUAAAAGUAAUGAAUCACACCCAUUGAAGGCUUGUAUCCAUUUCGCUAUGUUUUCAUGUAGGCCUGUAGUUUGCUGUUGGCUGUAUCUAGGCUAUUUGUCUUUGGAAGACGUCAUGAAGUUGUUUAGUUUCAUUCUAAUACGACAUCGUUUUGCCCGUUGCAACCAUCUCUGGCUUUGCUGUUAUCAUGUAGGCUGCACCUUUCCUCAAUUCCUUGCUGCCCUCAAAGAUUCCGUAGCAUGCUUUUAUCUCAGCACUUUCACUCUUUGCAUGCACUUUGCUGCAAUUGCAUAACACACAUUACAUUUCGGAGUGGACCCAAAUGAUCCAUCCAUAGCAGAGCAUUAUGUCGUUUCUGUUUGGAGUUUACACAUGACAUCCCAGUUUGUUGUUGAUCAUAUUGUUUUCCUCCCUGUGCGGUUAGAGAUUAUAUUUCUCCCUGUGCAGUUAGAGAUUAUAUUUCUUGGCCCUUGGUUCAGACUCCUUCGUGUUAUGGGAACCCAUGGUAGUCCUGAACACUCUCCGGCCUGGUAUAUGGUACUCCUGAGUGGUGCAGUGGUCUAAGGCACUGCAUCGCAGUGCUAACUGUGCCACUAGAGAUCCUGGUUCGAAUCCAGGCUCUGUCGCAGCCGGCCGUGACCGGGAGACUCAUGGGCGGCGCACAAUUGGCCCAGCGUCGUCCAGGGUAGGGGAGGGAAUGGCCGGCAGGGAUGUAGCUCAGUUGAUAGAGCAUGGCGUUUGCAACGCCAGGGUUGUGGGUUCGUUUCCCACGGGGGGCCAGUAUAUAAAAAAAAAAUAUAUAUAUAUAUUCACUAACUGUAAGUCGCUCUGGAUAAGAGCGUCUGCUAAAUGACUAAAAUGUAAAUGUAAUGUAAAUGUAUAUAGCUUCCCACCUGGCCUGCCUACUAGCCUCCCUGCCUGCCUGGGGAAAGAGGCAGUGUUGAUCUGACCUGGGGCCUGGUGCCCCCUAAUGAAAGAGCUUGUUUUGGAGGAAGCGAGAAAGAAAAAUAAGUGAUUAACACAGAGAAUACAAUGGACAGAGAGAAAGAAAGCACCAUUCAGGGAGCUUAGAGAGGAGCAUAACAGGGUAAUUUAUGCGGCGUAAUCUUCCUAAGCCUAGCCAUACGACGAGGCGUUAAAGAGCUAAUGAAGCCUCUAGUGAAUCCAAUAGCCCCAUUCCUGACUGCCCAAUGCUGCUAACUGGCAGUUGAGAUUGCUUGGCCGAGUGUCGUUGCAGCAAAAUGUACUUUAUUGACUAUGUAGAGAACUGACCAAGCUAAAAUACCAUGCCCAGUCUUGUACUCAGAACCAUGUAGGCCUAAAAUAAUAAUGAUCUAAAUGAUGUCCAUGAGACAGAGAACGAGACUGUGAACAAGCCCAAGCUUCUGUCUUUUAGGACUUUUUCCUGCAUUUCCCACUUUCUUGCCCCAAUAACUGGGUGAUUCAAUUGCCUUGUUAAUUAGCUCAGUCCUCUGGGGCAAUAUGGCACUGUGGAAUUCUGGGAACAUGGAAUGCUAGCUUCUCUUAGGUUCUCUAUCUGGUCUUAAUUCCACAUUCCUUUUUUUAGAGCUCCCAUUUAUUUUCUGUGUGAUAGAUAGAGAGAUAGAGAUGCUGAGGUAGAGUCUAGACCCUAGACAGAAGACUGUUUGGCAGGGGGAGUGGGUUUUAGGGGAAGGGGUGUCUAAAGGUUUUGUGCCCCGGCAGGGAUGUGAAACUGGAAGGCGGGCGGCAGCGGCACCCCUCGGGCGGGGUCAGUGCCAAGGAGAUGGUGAUCGGGCUGGAGGGAGUGGAGCUGGGGGCGGAUGGAAAGGUGAGAGAGGACGGGAGACAUACAUCCUUUCCUCCUUACUUUCAGUUACAGAUCAGUUAUCACCUCAAGAAAGAGAAUAGGGAAGGAUUGUCUGAGUAUGAGGUUUAAACAGAGGUCCGGACAGAGGUUUAAACAGAGGUCCGGACAGAGGUUUAAACAGAGGUCCGGACAGUGGUCCAAUAACAUGCUGUUAAAAUGUGAGUAUGUCUCUCUCUCCACAGACUGUGUCGUACACCCAGUUCCUGUACCCCACCAACGCCCUGGGCAGCGGACGCAGGAACACCAUCGACUCCACGUCAUCCUUCUCUCAGUCUCGUAACGCCAGCCACCGCAGCCUCAGCCUUGGCCGGGCCAACAGCAACCAGAGCAGCAUCGACACAGGUCAGUUGUAGGAGUGUGUGGAUCCUCUGGAGUAGUUGUGGCAUUCAUAUAGGUCAGUGUGUGGAUCCUCCGCCCUGGAGAGAGCCCCUGAAUAGGUGUAUGUCAGAGUGAGGAUGAUACAUAUCACUUUCUCCCAUCCACAGUGUGAAGUUUUAGUUUAUCAGUUACUUGCUCAACAUUGAGGGCUUGACUAUGUAUUAGAAGAAAUGGAAAAACACCAUUUUUAUUUCUCGGCCCCAAAGUUUGCUUGUCCCUGGCUCAUUGUGUGACUGUAAUAUAGAAUAAUAAUAUAUGCCAUUUAGCAGACGCUUUUAGUCAUUUGUGCAUAGAUUUUACAUACGAGUAGUCCCGGGACUGUGACCUUUUUUCCUCUGCAGGGAAUGAUCUGGGGGACUUGAUCCGGGAGUAUGACCCCAGUCUGUUGGAAGAUCCCCAGUGGCCGUGUGGGAAGCACAAGAGAGUCCUCAUCUUCCCCUCCUACAUGGUAAGAGACCACUCUACUUACCAGACCUGGGUUCAAACAGUAUUUGUUUCCUUUAAAGUACUUAGUGUUUUAUUGAGCCUGCCUUUAUGCCACAUGGACAGGGUUUGUUCUUGGGACAAUUCCAUUGGUUCCAUUGCGCCAGACAACUCAAUCUAGCACAGCUAAAGUAUUUGAAACCAGAUCUGCUUGUUGUGCAUGUUGCUCUCUUCACAACCAGGGAUGUUUUUAUUUAUUCCGGCCUGUCAAGAGUCCACCUUAUGUAAGUAAGUGUAAUGGGAAUUAGGCUAUUUGUGGUCAAGGACAUUGUAUUGUUGAAUGGAUCCACUAUCAGUGGUAUUUCUUCCAUUCGUUUGUAUCAAGUCAUGAGAUAUCUUGCUUGUUUUUCAGAUUAUUAUUAUUAUUUUAUAUUUUUCAGAAAAAUAACUAAGAGACCAACCAACUCCUAUUUAUAAUCACAUACUGCCUCAUACUGAAUCAACUGAACUCACUGUAAGCCAUAAGAGUCUGUUUGACUGACCAUUCUAAUCAGCAAGGUCAUUUGCCCAAUCCCUGGCUCAGCUCCCACUCCUACUAGAGUCUGUGGUGUGUGAAUACACUCUGUCUUUCUACCCAGUAGCUCUUUAAGCAGCCACCAUCAUAACAGCUAGGUUGCUUCCGAAAUGGCACUACUUUUGACCAGGGCCAAUAGGGUGUUGGUCAAAAGUAGUACACUAUAUAGGGAAUAGAGUGCCGUUUCAGGCAAACCUCUAGUGUUGUGUUUCUCCGUUCCUGUUCCUGUGGCCAUACCACUGUUAGUUGGUCGGGCGGCAGGUAGCUUAGUGGUUAAGAGCGUUGUGCCAGUAACCGAAAGGUCGCUGGUUCUAAUCUGUCGAUGUGCCCUUGAGCAAGGCACUUAACCCUAAUUGCUCCUGUAAGUCGCUCUGGAUAAGAGCGUCUGCUAAAUGACCAAUUAUUAUUUAUUUAUUUAUUUAAUCACUUUCUCAUGUCCAGAACUUCGGAAGGGAACGGUAGUUUUAUUGUGUUCAAAUCAAAGCAACAACAACAGACUCCCAGUUCAUUUCUCAUUUGGCUCUAUUGGUGUUAUCUGGACUGACAGAAUACACAGACCAGACAUGAAGUAUUAAGUCAAGACCAGACUGUGUGGUUUAUUCUCUUCCUCACAACAAUUCAAGAGCUUGGGACUAUAAGGUUCUAUCUGCAAAAAGAUGAUUCAGAGAUAAUUGGCUUUAAAGUUCCAAACCCUCUUUGAUUUUAAUGAUGUCAGCCAUUUUUUAUCUUGUAUUCUUUUUAACUUAGAAACAUGAAUUGGGGGUAUUUAGAGUACUAUAUACAGUUGAAGUCGGAAGUUUACAUACACUUAGGUUGGAGUCAUUAAAACUCGUUUUUUCAACCACUCUUUCUUCAAAUUUCUUGUGAACAAACUAUAGUUUUGGCAAGUCGGUUAGGACAUCUACUUUAUUUACAAUUAUUUACAGACAGAUUAUUUCACUUAUAAUUCACUGUAUCACAAUUCCAGUGGGUCAGAAGUUUACAUACACUAAGUUGACUGUGCCUUUAAACAGCUUGGAAAAUUCCAGAAAAUGAUGUCAUGGCUUUAGAAGCUUCUGAUAGGCUAAUUGACAUCAUUUGAGUCAAUUGGAGGUGUACCUGUGGAUGUAUUUCAAGGACUACCUUCAAACUCAGUGCCUCUUUGCUUGACAUCAUGGGAAAAUCUAAAUAAACCAGCCAAGACCUCAGAAAGGACCACGCAGCCUGCUUUGCUGCAGGAGGGCCUGGUGCACUUCACAAAAUAGAUGGCAUCAUGAGGAUGGAAAAUUAUGUGGAUAUAUUGAAGCAACAUCUCAAGACAUCAGUCAGGAAGUUAAAGCUUGGUCGCAAAUGGGUCUUCCAAAUGGACAAUGACCCCAAGCAUACUUCCAAAGUUGUGGCAAAAUGGCUUAAAGACAACAAAGUCAAGGUAUUGGAGUGGCCAUCACAAAGCCCUGACCUCAAUCCUAUAGAAAAUCUGUGGGCAGAACUGAAAAAGCGUGUGCGAGCAAGGAGGCCUACAAUCCUGACUCCGUUACACCAGCUCUGUCAGGAGGAAUGGGCCGACAUUCACCCAACUUAUUGUGGGAAGCUUGUGGAAGGCUACCUGAAACGUUUGACCCAAGUUAAAUAAUUUAAAGACAAUGCUACCAAAUACUAAUUGAGUGUAUGUAAACUUCUGACCCACUGGGAAUGUGAUGAAAGAAAUAAAAGCUGAAAUAAAUCAUUCUCUCUACUAUUAUUCUGACAUUUCACAUUCUUAAAAUAAAGUGGUGAUCCUAACUGAUCUAAGACAGGUAAUUUUUACUAGGAUUAAAUGUCAGGAAUUGUGAAAAACUGAGUUUAAAUGUAUUUGGCUAAGGUGUAUGUAAACUUCCGACUUCAACUGUAGGUAGAGAACAUUGACCAGAACAAGGCUAUGUCAAUCAUUUUUUGGGGACAAAAAUGCAGAUAGAACCUUAUAUUCCCAAGCUCUCGAUUAGCUAUUGUUUACACUCAAGGAAUAUGACCAGUGGGUUCUGAAAACUACACUCCACCAUCAGUUGCUGUUCUUAUCUAAGUACCAUUACUUUUUUUCUAGGGCUGUCAAAUGAUAAAAAUAUUUAAUUGAGUUAAUGGCAUUAGUGAAUUGCAAUUUUUUUAUUUGCUCAAAUUUGGCCCAAAAUAAAGCUUUUUUUCAUUUAAAAAGCAGUGCAUUGAGUUACACUGCUUUGAAACACAAAUGAUCUACAUCAGAAUGUUUUAAUAGCAUUUUCACCAUAAACAACACAACAUUUACUGUAAAAUACAGCUAUUAAUGCUCCCAAUGUUUAGAUAGGCCUACUCCCUCUUAUCAAUGUUCUUGAAGUUUAACACUUGCGCACAACACACACACACACACUCUCUCGUUCACACACGCGCACACACACAGUUUUAAGUACUGUUAAAGCUUCAGGCAUUCUAAAUGAGUGUGACAAAUAUAACUGGCUCAAUGGAUACAAAGAACAAAGAGCUUUUAAACUUGUCCAACAAUGUUCUGAAAACGCUGUAACCAUCUGUACUGUUCCGAUAACUUUACACACAUAGGCCUUCACACUUUCCCACCCUCCCACAUCCUCUCUCUCUCACAGGGUUAGCUUGUUAUGCAUGGCCCGGUGCCCAGGGUGGGCGGAGUUUGCACAUUUUAGGCCAUUCCAUUGGUCCUUAGGUGAAAUCUCCACCCACCCGGAGCACCAGGCCAUUUUAUUUAUUUUUUUAACCUUUAUUUAACUAGGCAAGUCAGUUAAGAACAAAUUCUUAUUUACAAUGAUGGCCUACACCGGCCAAACCCGGACGACGCUGGGCUAAUUGUGCGCCGCCCUAUGGGACUCCCAAUCACGGCCAGUUGUGAUACAGCCUGGAAUCGAACCAGGGGGUCUGUAGUGACACUGCGCCACUCGGUAGCCCAUGCCAUACAAAACGAACUCAUCCACAUACUCCCGCUCUCACACAUCCUCUACACACCCCACUCUUGCAUAUGCAGCCUACCUUUUGAAACCUUUAUUUGAGUAGCCUAUCCCUUUUCAGUUCUUCCUGUGUCAUCCAAAUGUGUGCAUAGACUAGUCAGUGGUCAAGUAAUCAGGUUGCUAGCUAGCCACAUGGUCUUCAGCACUGUAAAAUCGCAAGCAUUGACUGUAGCUGUGUUCCGUGUUGUUUUCUGCUCUUAAAAGGGUCCGUGCGGUGAAGAAAUGGAGACUCAAUUAACGUUAUAAUAGUUUUUUUGCCGAUAAACAUGUUAUUAAUGCGUUAACUUUGACAGCCCUACUUUUUUAUCUUUCUUGAACUGAUCUUUCAGGUUCUACUUCUAACUGUAUCAUGAGAUGCAAAUCAUUUUAGUAUGUUUAGUUUCCUUUGUGAUCAAGUAAAUAUCUAUAAAUCACAUUCCUUUCGGUUAGAAAUGCUCCCUGUAGGUUCCCCAUAGUAGCCACAAGUUUGCUGCAGUAGUCAAAGUACUAAGUACUUUGUAUUACAAAUAGCUGUUGGUAUAUUUUGAACUCUGAUGGGGAGCUGCAUGGAGGAAUACUAUCUAUGACCAAAAAUACCAAGUUACAAAUACUAGUUUGAUAAGUCAUAUUACUGCAAGCUUGAGCAAAGCAAAUUACUUGGCAUGAGCCAACUUGGGAAAUAUGCUGUAAUUUCAUAAUUGUUAUCUCUCUCUCUUAUCACAUACCCAGAUUUAGUGGGUCAACUGCAGUGCUCCUUCUAUCUUCCUAGAUAACAGUUGAGCCUCUGACCUGAAAUAAAGUUCAAUGGCUAAAAUACAGUAGGGGAGAGUGGGGUAAGUUUAGCCAUUUUGUUAAACAUUCGGCAUCAUUCUGUCAAGGGAAAUAUAGUAUUCUUUCUAACAAAGAUAUCUACAUAUAUUUCAGGAUGUUGUGUAUCCCAGGAAAUAAUCAGUAUUCAUGUAAACAUUACAGCUUGUCACUUUUUUGUCUCUUAAUUAUUUUAAGCAUCUUUUAACACAGGUUUAACACCUAACAAAUACUUAGAACUUUAUUAAAACACUUUUAACAUAGGCCAGGUCCUGUUGUUACCUCAUAUCCCAGAGUUAAUGCCUUGCACAACGCCUGGGAAGAAACUACUUCAACUUGCCAUUGGCUCUGCCAUUGGCUCAACUUACUCCAAGGCAACCAUUUUGACUAUAUUAGCCCACACAGCUACAACGAUGCACUUUAAUGCUAGGUUUAGGACCUCAUAUUGAAGCUUAUAGAGACCCCAACUGAUGUAUAGAACAAUCUUAAAAAUAUCUACAUUGGUUUAGAUACAAGCAUCAUGAAACCUCUAACACAAUACAUUCAUUUGACUUGGUAAAAAUCAGUUUUUUGGACCUAACUUGCUUAUCACUUUUUCCAUGUGGUUUCUUCCUUCACAGACUCCAUGAAAUGAUGACCUCUUCCUAAAUAUUUGGUCAAAUGAUACAUUUUGUGUAUGGUUUCUUAGAAACAAGGGCGGUUCAACUUACCCCACUCUCCCCUACAUCAACAGAACAUACUGAGCUCGGAAAUGUAAAGCGUCAUAAACGUUCUAUAAUAUAUUAUUCUGUCUUUCUGUGGCCCGUGUAUGGUGUGCCACCCAAUGCCACCUAACUCCAAUGUCUCGUGCUCCGACUCUGAUACUCAACCACCUUCUCCAUAACCCAAUGGAACUAGGGUUGGGCGAUAUGGCCCAAAUAUCAUAUCACGGCCGGGAAUGUUUUUGGGGACGAUAUUUGACAGUAUUUCUUGUUUUAGAAUAAUACAAGUUCUAAAUUUGCUUUAUGAGUAGAGCGUGACCCUAGGGUGGCAACACAUACGUUCUAAGUGAUUAAUGGGUCGUUCUCCAUUCUGAUUUGUUUUAUACUGUUCAAUUCAACCAGAAAUAAUUUUCAGCAUUUUCAUCACUCAUUUGAGAUCCCUUCCACUUAGGGCUGCAUGAUAUGGGCAAACCAUCUAGGCCUUAUUUGUAAAUGUUGCAAUUGCGAUUUGACUUGUGAUUUAUAGCAAAACACUUUGGUGAACUGUUGGAAUCAUGGAAAUAGAAUGAUUAUUCUAAUUAUAUAGUUAGAAUAUAAUAGUAGGUACUUUAAAUACAGUCUUGUUUGACAUGAUAACGAAUGAAAAUGGCAGGGAGGAGUUAUUGUGACAGGGUAGGAACCAAAGGGUUGAUAAGUGUUUGCUAGUGGACCGUAUAAUCUUUGGCUACAUUGAAUGUUUUCUCUUAGCUACUUCAUGUAGCUAACAUAUUCAUGCUUUGCGUAUUCUUCUUUAGUUUAGAAGAUACUGUUGCACAAACAACAUGCUGAUUUAGGUCUACACCAUCACUGGUAUUAUCAGGCUGUAUAGCUAAUUACGUUUGCUCUGACUCAGUACAUUUAUUAGCUAGCUAACUAGCUAACCAGCUAACUAGUAAUUAGCAUUAGCGGCUAACAUGAUUUAGGCCCAACUUGCUAUAAAAAGACAAACUAGCUGUUUGCAGAUGUAAGAAACACAAACUAAUAGUGUAAUUAUAGAACGCUAGUGGAUUUAUAUGAAGAAGCAAAGUGAAAACAGCAUUGUUGUCAUCAACAUUGAUGCAUGUGCUGCAUUGACCAUGUAGACUGAAUGAAUGCAAGUGUCUCAUGGUCAAGGAGCAACAAAUGCGCUCCUUAAGUGACAGGAGCCGGGGCUAGGUCUGUGUGGAAAGCGGCAUGGAGAGAGCGAGAGCAGAGAAAGAUACCUUUGUGUCCUCUUCCACAUAUGUAUACAAUAACGUAUAACACUCGCACAAAUUCAAUACAGAGCCUAUCACCUGCACUGUCUGUCUGACACCAAUACUUUCAUCUUCCUUUCAGACUACAGUCAUAGAGUACGUCAAGCCUUCUGACCUCAAGAAGGACAUGAACGAGACGUUCAAGGAGAAGUUCCCCCACAUACGGCUGACCCUCAGCAAAAUCAGGAGGUAGGGACAUCUAUUCCAAACAUACAGUGGGGGGAAAAAGUAUUUAGUCAGCCACCAAUUGUGCAAGUUCUCCCACUUAAAAAGAUGAGAGAGGCCUGUAAUUUUCAUCAUAGGUAUACGUCAACUAUGACAGACAAAAUGAGAAAAAAAAAUCCAGAAAAUCACAUUGUAGGAUUUUUUAUGAAUUUAUUUGCAAAUUAUGGUGGAAAAUAAGUAUUUGGUCAAAAACAAAAGUUUCUCAAUACUUUGUUAUAUACCCUUUGUUGGCAAUGACACAGGUCAAACGUUUUCUGUAAGUCUUCACAAGGUUUUCACACACUGUUGCUGGUAUUUUGGCCCAUUCCUCCAUGCAGAUCUCCUCUAGAGCAGUGAUGUUUUGGGGCUGUUGCUGGGCAACACGGACUUUCAACUCCCUCCAAAGAUUUUCUAUGGGGUUGAGAUCUGGAGACUGGCUAGGCCACUCCAGGACCUUGAAAUGCUUCUUACGAAGCCACUCCUUCGUUGCCCGGGCGGUGUGUUUGGGAUCAUUGUCAUGCUGAAAGACCCAGCCACGUUUCAUCUUCAAUGCCCUUGCUGAUGGAAGGAGGUUUUCACUCAAAAUCUCACGAUACAUGGCCCCAUUCAUUCUUUCCUUUACACGGAUCAGUCGUCCUGGUCCCUUUGCAGAAAAACAGCCCCAAAGCAUGAUGUUUCCACCCCCAUGUUUCACAGUAGGUAUGGUGUUCUUUGGAUGCAACUCAGCAUUCUUUGUCCUCCAAACACGGCGAGUUGAGUUUUUACCAAAAAGUUAUAUUUUGGUUUCAUCUGACCAUAUGACAUUCUCCCAAUCCUCUUCUGGAACAUCCAAAUGCACUCUAGCAAACUUCAGACGGGCCUGGACAUGUACUGGCUUAAGCAGGGGGACACGUCUUGCACUGCAAGAUUUGAGUCCCUGACGGCGUAGUGUGUUACUGAUGGUAGGCUUUGUUACUUUGGUCCCAGCUCUCUGCAGGUCAUUCACUAGGUCCCCCCGUGUGGUUCUGGGAUUUUUGCUCACCGUUCUUGUGAUCAUUUUGACCCCACGGGGUGAGAUCUUGCGUGGAGCCCCAGAUCGAGGGAGAUUAUCAGUGGUCUUGUAUGUCUUCCAUUUCCUAAUAAUUGCUCCCACAGUUGAUUUCUUCAAACCAAGCUGCUCACCUAUUGCAGAUUCAGUCUUCCCAGCCUGGUGCAGGUCUACAAUUUUGUUUCUGGUGUCCUUUGACAGCUCUUUGGUCUUGGCCAUAGUGGAGUUUGGAGUGUGACUGUUUGAGGUUGUGGACAGGUGUCUUUUUUACUGAUAACAAGUUCAAACAGGUGCCAUUAAUACAGGUAACGAGUGGAGGACAGAGGAGCCUCUUAAAGAAGAAGUUACAGGUCUGUGAGAGCCAGAAAUCUUGCUUGUUUGUAGGUGACCAAAUACUUAUUUUCCACCAUAAUUUGCAAAUAAAUUCAUUGAAAAUCUUACAAUGUUAUUUUCUGGAUUUUUUUUACUCAAUUUGUCUGUCAUUGUUGACGUGUACCUAUGAUGAAAAUUACAGGCCUCUCUCAUCUUUUUAAGUGGGAGAACUUGCACAAUUGGUGGCUGACUAAAUACUUUUUUUCCCCACUGUAUAUUGGAGUAUGAUGUUGAAAUGAUCAGUUUGUGGCAGCAGUAUUUAAUCCCUUGUGGUUAAUCGUAUCAAAAAUAGUUUACUGACAGACAUUGGCCACACUAUGGUACCUUUAAAAAAAAAAAAAGUUUUUUAGCGUUUGUUUCAUCUCCCUGCCUUCACCACCUUCUACCCCCUGCCUCUCUACCACCCCCCUCCAUCCCCAGUCUGAAGAGAGAGAUCCGUAAGUUGGCCCAGGAAGAGUGUGGCUAUGAGGAACCCACCGUAGCCAUGGCCUUCGUCUACUUUGAGAAGCUGGUCCUCCAGGGGAAACUCAACAAGCAGAACCGCAAACUCUGCGCCGGCGCCUGCGUCCUGCUCGCCGCCAAGAUCGGCGGAGACCUCAAGAAGCACGAGGUCAAGCAGCUCAUAGACGUAAGUGUCGUACUUAUCUCAUCGUGCACUGGGCUUCAGCUCUGAGCAGCCUGGUGGAAACCGUUAGUGCUUUCCUGUCACGCGGACAAACACCGAUUUAUAGGAUUGUUAUAUCAUAUGAAUUCAUUAAGUGUUUCCUUCAAAGCUGUAAUCCUUAGCGGUGAAACUGCCACGUCCGUUUGCGAUAUUACAACAACAAAGACGUUACUUCAAACAACGAACACUGUUUUUUCCCCCUCUCGGUCAUCAUUGCACAUCAUUACACGCGCGAUAGAACAGCAGAGUAUGCACUACGAUUUUUUAAUUUUUUACCAUGAUGCUCAUCUCCCCCACAAAAACAACCAGUAGCGGCUGUUUCUCCUUUCGCGGAUCCCAGCUUUAAUGUUACACACUUUUUCAGAUGUUAUAAAAAUCUGAUGAUAGGAUGGUUAUAUAAUAAUAAUGUGGUUAUUUUACAAGCAUUAUAAAUAUCUGCAUUUAUCUGCAUGACAGGAAAGCACCACAUGACAGAUAGCAAAGUGGCUAGCUCAGGGAUUGUAGACAAAGUCGUUUUUUCAGUCACUACAUAUUAUUCACUGGAUAUAUUAAGUAGUACAGUGGUUUAGUUACUGCAUCACCUCUCCUCCCUUUUUCUCUGAUUUGUAGAAACUGGAGGAGAGGUUUCGUGUGAACAGGAGGGAGCUGAUAGCCUUUGAGUUCCCUGUGCUGGUGGCCCUGGAAUUCAACCUGUACCUGCCUGAGCAUGAGGUCAUGCCCCACUACAGACGCCUCGUCCAGACCUCCUAGCAUUAGUGACCCGUCAGGAGGAGCACCUACACCACGACCUCCUGAUCCAGGACCAGAAUCUACACAACGCCCUCCUCCCCACCCCACAUCCCACCACUGGGUGCCACGACCAGGUCUCCUCCCUGCAGCCCGGGGAUCCAUUAUGGACCAUGAUGUUGGAGCUCCACGACGCUCUACUGCAGGUCACAUUCAUAUGGACAUUUUCAGAUCGAGACUUGAAAGCAGCCAAAGUGACAUAUUUCCAUACACGUAUUCUUACUUCAACAUUUUUCUCAGACUUUUAGUCGUACAUUCGACACUAGCUACAUCUUCAAAAGACUUAUGAAAGGGAGAAUCCGAUCUUCCUCCACUUUGUUGAUAUUUUUUAGAGUUUGUAUGUUUUUCAAUCUCUUUUUACAUCCUGCUUUACUUUUUCUUUGAGGUUUCAUGUUGUCUUUCUAGUUAAAGAGCAUUGCAAGAUGAAACAGUAUUUUUUUGUCAAAGCAAAUGAUUGUUUUGUGAUUGUUACAUUUUUCACUAUCAUCUUUUUUUUUGAGAGAGAGAGAGAGAGAAUUUAU